AUGGGAGCAAUCACGGAACUCCGAAGCGUCAGUUGUGAAGUGAUUGUCGGCGAAGACCGAAAAUCAGUGGUAAGGCCUAUUUAAAAAGGGGACACUGUUUUUCUCUAUAUUAGGUUAUGCUUAAGAAAUCAUUGUCUGUAAUCAGAUGAUAAAAAACCUCAUACAAAAAUUGGAAGAAAACAGUUUCUAGCUUUCAUAAUAUAAUUCUGAUUUCUUCACUUGUGAGGCGAAAAAAACAAAAUGUUUUUCAUUUUUAAAUGAACUUUAGUCCGAAACUACGUUUUUUUGAUAAUUUUUUUCUGAUAAAGUUGAAAAUGUUUCAGGUUUAUGCAGUGCGAAUCGACAAACACAAAGCUCAAAUUCAACGUCCUUUUGAUGAAUAUGACAAGUUCUUCGUUAAGGUUGUAUCUAGGAAGAGUUGCUCAAGUUGGAAGCAUGGUCUUACGAUCCUUUGUCUCGUUGUUCUGCGUGUAGUCCAUCCGAUUGAACCAUAGUACUGAAAACAUAUCGAAAUUAUGUCUAUGCAAAAAUUUUCUUCCGGCUUCCAAAGUGGGCUAGAACAAAAAAAAAGAAGUACCGGUUUUUUUUUUUGAAGAGCGGCAUAUCUUUAAUACAGACUAUAAUUCAGAUCCGAGACCUUUUGCCGUCGACAACACCUCCACCUCCGAAGAAACGGUUUCUGCAGGCCGAGCAACGUCUUCAUGACAAACGACGACAAUGGAUCGCCGCUAUAUGCCAGACUCUUAUCAAUGACCACAGCAGGGAGUCGGUUUUCCUAUUUAGGAUUCUUUAGGAUUUAGCGCAGAAAAUCGGGAGAAUAGCCAGGAAAAAAGUUAACUCAUCUUUCGCUUGAUUUCCAUGUAAGAUUUGAAGCAAUUUGUCGUUUCAAAUCACUUUUAAUGUCUAGUUAGUUUGGUUCAACUUUCUAAUGAAAAUCUAAGAAAAAAGUAACUUCGGAAAAUCUCAUUUUUUGUCAGUUUUCUUCACAUUUUCGACAUGAUUCAUCAAAUCAUUCAAAUAAUCAAAGAACGCCCAAAAAAUUUGUUAAAUCCGUUUUUUCGAUUUUAAUAGCUAAAGCUGUAGGUAACCAAAUUCCUCAAUUUAGCGACCGCAUCAAAGAAUUCUUCAACAUCGAGCGUACGGACAGCGAAUCUUCCGAUGAAUGCGACGUUGAGCUUCCCCGGGAAGUCAAGACGUAAUUGAGGCCAUCGCUCAUUUUUUCAUCCAGAAUUUCAGUGCCGGCCCCGAAGAUUUUGAUUAUCUGACGACAAUCGGUAAAGGAAGUUUCGGUCGAGUUUUCCAAGUUCGCCACAAGGCAUCUAACAAAAUUUAUGCAAUGAAAGUUCUUUCCAAAGAACACAUUCGUAAGAAGAAUGAGGUUGGUGGAAUAUAAAUUGGGUUUGAAUAUCUUUUCCUCAGGUUAAACACGUGAUGGCGGAAAGAAAUGUCCUCAAAGAAAACUUCCACCAUCCUUUCCUUGUUUCUUUGCAUUAUUCUUUCCAAAACAAGGAAAAACUCUACUUUGUUCUCGACCACUUGAACGGCGGAGAGGUAAUUUCAGCGGGCUGCAAAAACGAUAAUUCUGAUUUCAGCUGUUUUCUCACUUGCAAAAAGAGAAGCAUUUCAGCGAGUCUCGCAGUCGUUUUUACGCCGCCAUCAUUGCUUGUGCUUUGGGGUUCUUGCACGAAAAAAACAUCAUCUACAGGUUAUAAUCAAUUUUUUUUGAGAAUGUAGUGGCUCAAUGUAUCAUUGAUCCAUUUUUGAACUCUUCUAAUUUUUCUGAGUUCUUCUUCUGGGCAAAAUUCUUCCGUUGUAUUCUGUAUUCUUAUUCAUGUCGUGGAAAAGUUCAUCUUCCAAAAAUCAUUCACUUUAUCGAUUACAGAGACUUAAAACCAGAAAACUUGCUUUUGGACGAAAGAGGUUACCUAGUUCUAACCGAUUUCGGUCUCUGCAAACAGGGGAUGGUUGGCAAUAAAACUACUUCCACUUUUUGCGGAACACCGGAGUAAGAUAUUAAUUCACGCGAAGCUCUCAUUUCAAUGCCUUUCAAGAUACUUGGCACCUGAAAUCAUUUCGAAGAAACCCUAUGACAAGACUGUCGACUGGUGGUGUUUGGGAUCUGUUCUUUACGAGUUUCUCUUCGGCUUGGUGAGCGCCAAAACCAAAAAUCUUCUCUAAUUUGAAUUUGAGCCUCCAUUUUAUUCGCGAGACCACAAUGAAAUGUAUGAACGGAUCGUUCAUCAACCGUUGAAGAUGAAGCAUCAAGUAUCUGCGGCGUCGAGUGAUAUCAUCACUGGAGUUAGUGGUUCUUCAUCUUUCGCUAAUAAUUCCGAGAGGCUUUUUAAUCGAACACAGUGCAAAGACCAUCCUAACUUGCACUUUCAGCUGCUUCAAAAAGAUCGAACGAAGCGUUUGGGAUGUCAGAACGACUUCAAAGACAUCAGGGAUCAUCCCUUCUUCAUGCCUAUCGACUGGGAAAAGCUUCGAAAUCGCGAGAUCAAAGCUCCGUUCACUCCGAAAGUGAAGAGUUUGACGGAUACAUCCAACAUCUCCGAAGAAUUUGUGAAGAUCAAAAUCAAUCAAGGUAUUUAAUUUAAUUGAUGGAAGAUUAGUUGUUACAUUUCAGCUUCUCUGGUGCCGCAAAAUAUAGCACAAACUCAAAGAGAUCACGACUUCCCUGACUUCACCUAUGUCGAUUACAACCGUGCCUUGCGUUAA